UUCUGCAAGUUCGCUACUCCUACUUCCAUCCAUCAUCAUCACCGAGCAAAUCCCCUCUCCUGCUACAUUCCCCUCCUCAAACAAUGACCCUUCAAGAAGCAAUAGAAGCUGAUAAUGUUGAUGAGCUAUACAGCUUAAUUGAGCUGGACGAAAAGAUCUUAGAUGACGGAUUCGAGGGUCCCUUCUCAAAUACUCCACUACAUGACGCUGCGGGCAUGGGGAAAACUAAAGUAGCCAUGGAGAUAGCCACCUUGAAGCCGUCGUUCACUCGAAAGCUAAAUUGCAGGGGUUAUAGCCCCAUGCACUUGGCUUUGAAAGAAAAGCAUUAUGGCACUGCGAGGGCACUGAUGACCCUCGACCCUGAAGUGAUUCGAGUCCGAGGACGAGAGGGGUAUAGCCCUUUACAUUUUGUAGCUGGGGAAAUAUUGCAGGAUCAAACGGAGCUCCAGGAGCUCCACGAACUCCUGGCAGAAUUCUUGUCUACUUGUAAAUCGUCCAUUGAAGACUUGACAAACCAAUGUGAGAUUGCAGUUCACUUUUCUGUGAGGAAGGGCAACACCAAAGCACUUGAGAUUUUGCUUGGAUGGCUUAAGCGAGUUCAUCUAACAAAAAUCUUGAACUGGAAAGACCAAAAUGGUAACACUGUCUUACAUAUUGCUAUAAUCAAACAGCAGGCGUUUGGGGCUACAUCUGGACAGCAGCAACUACCCGUGGCUGUAUCCGGACAGCAGCAACUUCCGGUGGUUGUAUCUGGACAGCAGCAACUUCAGGCCGGACAGCAGCAACUUGAGAUCAUCAAGCUAUUAGUUGGGUAUACGAAUGUAAAUGCGAAGAACUUCCUGAAUAGGACAGCUUUGGACAUCUUCCAAAAGAGUGUUCAUUUUGAUGAAGACGUUGCGAAGAGGCUAUGCCAAAGAUCUACUUCCACCCUCUCUCUGUCACAGUUUUUUAGCAAGGAAUUAACUGCUUUUGAGAAGUACACAUAUUUUUUCCGCAUCCAAGAUGAAGCCACUCGCAACAUUAUCCUUGUUGUGGCUACCUUAAUUGCAACUGCCACGUACCAAGCCGUUCUCAGUCCUCCGGGGGAUUUUGGCAGGACUCCUCUUUAA